AUGGGAAGGUCCUACUGGCAGAAACGCGACCUCGACGUCCUCAAUCUCCGCCUGGAGGAAUGGCGGAAGCUUCCGGAGGAUGGCGAGCAGCGAGGGGAGAUUGUCGCCGAGGCCGUUGACAAGCUAGGGAAGAUCAGGGGGUACCCCCUUGACAAUGUAAUGCGAGAGGAAGUUGGGCAGUGGUUCGCUAACCACGAGACCGACACGGAGGAUAAGGAGCCGGUGAGGAAGGACCUCAUCAAGCUCGGCAAGGACCUCUCAUGGCGCACGGUCUGUGCCCAAGCUCAUGAGCAGGAGCUGGAAGAGCUGAUAAAGAAGCAUGGGAACGGGAGGGAGAAGGACACAAAGCUGUAUCCGUCCAUCUACCAGACUGCGCUGAAGGAGCUCUGCGACGGAAUUCGCCCCCUCGACGAGGCGAAGUACCGGAAGACCGCCGCCGAGUACAACGCCACCGUGUGGCCGAGGGAGUACCAGUACAAGCACCUCGCUAGGCACGGCAACGGGAUGGUGUCCGAGUUCGUUCAGCUGAUGUGGAGGAAGUGUGGGGUGAGGGUGUUUGUGCUCGGGGCGUACUUGAGAGAGGACGGACAGACGGGGAACAUGCACGGACCAGGCACCGAGCCACCAAAUUUUAUCCAGGUCUUCAAAGAUUUCCGGCGGGGCAACACGUACGAGAUGUGGAAGAAGUACGCCGAGGACGCAUUCAACGCCAACGGGUUUGAAGGCGAGGAGAGUAUCGUCCCAUCGAAACUGAUCGACCGCAUCGAGUGGAAGUUCGACGAUGACGGGUAUCCCAUCCUGCCGCCGGCCGAUCACGAGUGCUUCAAAAAGACCGAUCACAAGCGUAUGUUCCUGACUCAUUACACCCGGCGCGAGAACAUCAGGGUGCCGUGGCAGUCCCUGUCGGAAAAGUCGGAGGAGUUCUUCGAGGACGGCUAUCUGCCGGCCGGCGUUGUUCUCAGCGACCCGAACAAGAUCCGCGCUGGGGACCUCGAUGCGGUCCUUCGUCACUGGCGUGUGAGGCAGGAUGCCGACGACGGAGAACCUGUGCUCCGCUUCAAGGCUUGGAGGAACGCGGCGAAACAGAUCGUGGAGGUCGAGGACGAGGAGGAAAGGGUGAGCUCACCAUCUCCGGCGCCCGAGCCUAAGCGGAAGCCCCAACCUAAGCCGAGACGCCGCCGUGCUUCCCCGGCCGCCCGACGUGCCUCUCGCCGAGCCAAGUCAGACACGCCGGUGGACUCCUCAGACGACCAGGAGGCCUCGAGUGUGGACUCUGAUGCUGUGGGCCAUGGGUCGUUGUUCGAACCCGCAAAGGACCUCGAUGGUGCCUCCAGUGACGAGGAGAGCCAUGACGAGGACUCUGAUCACGCCCCCGAGGAGGUCGUGGUGGCCCGACCGAGCAAGGGCAAGGGCCGGGCGGUGAUCGCUGCCUCCAGUGACGAGGACGACGAGGAGGCUGUCCCGAUGCAGACGAAGACGAAGGAAGGCCGAGGAGGAGGUCCAUCUAAGGGGGCUCAGAAGAAAGGUGGACAGUCGGUGGGUGGAAAGAGUGCAGGGGGCGGGGCAGGGAAGACCAGCAAGGGGAAGGAUAGCACGAGAUCCACACAGUCGGCCGGCGCAUCACGCAACCAGGCCGCCGGUGACCAGCCGGUGGUUAGCACAGGGUCGGCCGGGCAGUCGGCCAAGCCAAAGUCUGGCGGUCGUGUGUCCAAGAAGAACCGUGACACCGUGGCCGAGGGUAACGACGAAGACGCCGGUGAAGAGGGCGAUGUCCCGGUGCAAGCUCCGGCCCCCGCAAAAGCACCGAAGCCAGCCACGGCGAAGAAGUCUACCACGGCCCGCCCAAAGCAGUCAACCAAGAGUGACAGCGACGCCGAGGAUAACGAGGAAGCUGAUUCGCCAGCUGCCGGCCCGCCGAAGAAGAACACCGCCGGCGCCGAGCCGAGCGGUAGCAAGCCCGGCCCACGCAUUCAGAAGGGCAGUCCGGCGAAGGUCGCCUCGGAUGUGGAUGCCCGGCGCAAGUUCUUGCAGGUUCUCUGUGGCGACGACGAGAUUGGCAAGAUGGUGAAGGCUGCUCUGAAGCUUUGGGAGUGGGCCAGCUGGUCGUACCGCCGAGCAACGUGCCCCUCCUCCAUCCACAACGACAAGAAGGAACUGACACAGUUCCGCCGAUGGCUCACAACGAUGGAAUCGUCCCUCGGCGAGAAUGUCAUGGCGCGCGAUGAUGGUCUGCUGGUAACACUGGCUGUGGGUAUGCUGAUCCACGACAUCGAGAGCAAGGACGUCGCCCCGAGCUUGAACCACGGAGUCCCGCAGUAUGUGCUCGAUUCCCACUUGGAUGCUGCAGUUGCCGCGGACCUCGUCAAGCGUUGCAAGAAGAUUCGGGCUCGCUGGGAGGCAGGAUCCGCCACUGGUUCCAAGCGGCCCUCCGCUGCGGUCGAUGACGAAGAGCUCGGGACUGGGAAGCGGACGAAGAAGCCCCGCACCGAGCCUGGGCCGCCGGCCGGUCAUCCAAGCCCUCAGGCAGCAAGGCUCCGGUUAAGCGUGGCUCUCGGGGGAAGAAGUAGACAUGCAGCCAACAUGACAGGCACCGGCCGGCGGUCACUCGGGCCGAGACUUUUCACAAACUCUCGGCCCGACGAUUUCACCGAACUCUCGGGCCGAGCGCGAUGCAAACUCUCGGUGGUCACAAUUGCAGCCAAAAUGACAAGCACCGCCCGGCGGUCACUCGGGCCGAGACUUUUGACAAACUCUCGGCCCGACGAUUUCGCCGAACCCUCGGGCCGAGCACGAUGCAAACCUUCGGCGGUCACAAUGUAA